AGCGGCCGCAUUAAACUGGCUCCGGCUUCUGCGGGAAGCUAUCUAGUUUAGCUUUGUCACCACGGUAAAAUUGAAUUUGUUUAUUUUUAGUGUUAUUAUUGUUAUUAUUUUUUAAUCUUGCUGUUGCGAGAAAGAAGACCACGAACGGUUUUGUAACCACGAACGAUGCUUGGUGACUUGACCGCAGUGGACUGAAGCCGCCCGGACAUCAUGUCUUCCGUCGUGCUGUGAUCUCGACCGCUCUGGGAAUCAGAAAUCGUCUGGCCUUGUCUUCAAACCCUCCUCCUCUGAUACGAUGGACACCGACACGGAGGUGAUUCCUAUUUGGCAGAACAAACCUCAUGGUGCGACCCGGAGUGUGGUGAGGAGAAUCGGUUCCACGCUGCCUCUCAAACCCUGUCCCAGAGCCUGUUUCCAGGAGCUGCCUGGUCUGAACCCACUGCGGCACACGGAUGGCCCCCUGGUGCCCACGCUGGCCGACAUCGCCUGGAUCGCUGCUGAUGAAGAGGAGACUUAUGCCAGAGUCAGGAGUGACACACGCCCCUUCCGGCAGGAGUGGAGGCCGACGCCCCUCAUGGUCCUGCACAGGAACUCGUCAGUGCCCAAUUUCCGGCGAGAGGGGAAGCGCAUGGAGGGUCUGAGGAAGCCAGGUGCCACCGCCCUGAACCGCGCCACCGCCCUGCAGGACGAGCUGAGCCGCCUCCGCGCGCAGAUCGCCAAGAUCGUAGCAGGAGAGACCGACUCGAACCCCAUCACCCCGGACCUCCUCUCUCCAGACGACACCACCGUCGGCUUCUCCAUGGCUCCUUUCGAGGCCGCGGCGUUCCACCCGCUCCCCACCGCCUCCUUCGUCAUCAGCGACGUCACAGAGGUGGAUGAGGAGGAGGAGGAGGAGGAGGAGGAAUUAGAGGAUGAGUCGGAAGUCCCCGAGCUAGAGCCUGACCCCGUGCCCCCUGUCUGCAUGACGGCAUCGGCGACCUUUGACCUCGACCGGCCCACCAUGGACUUCCGGGAGGCGGAGGAAGACACCGUGUCGCUGUCUAAGUCCACCAGCUUCGCUGACGUCAAGGACAUCCUGAGGGACAUGAACCGCAUGAAGAUGAGCAAGGACAGAUAUUCCCGGGGCUGUACGUCGUUGAUGGAAGAGGACUCGGCUACUCUGAUCUCUGAAGCUCUGAGGAAGAAGUUCACUCUGCGGGAUGAAGACGUCAAUAUGAAGAAGUGAUCUGCCUUUUCUCCAUGAUCUCUGCGCACACACACACACCCCAACAUAGUGGUGAUCGUGUUUUCUGUGUUGCCAGGUCUGUGCCUGUGGACCGUUCACCAUGGAAACGCUACAGCGCCCCAUGAUGCCAACUUUAGCUCCGCCCCCUUCCCCUCCUGCAGUGAUUACAGCCUCACAGGAAUAGAGCAGCUCCCUGCUAAAAUCUCUCUCUCUCUCUCUCUCUCUCUCUCUCUCUCUCUCUCUCUCGCUCAAUGCUGCCUCCUCAGAGAGAGAGCACAGUGUGAAGCAUCAACAAUAUAUCGUGUGUCGAAUGUUGUGAUCUUUUCUAGUUUGAGCAGAAGUGUUCAUCAUCAUUCAGCUUUCCUCACACACGUUCAUUUACUGUUACGAAAUGUCUUUUAUUAUUAUUUUUUCCUUUCAUCUUUCCUGCAUCUCUCCUUUAUGAAACCUAGCAAUACAUACUUGACUCAUUUUGAUAACUGGGCUAGAUUAUUAUUAUUAUUAUUAUUAUUAUUAUUAUUAUUAUUAUUUUCUUCCUUGUAUUUUAUAUAUUCACUUCACCAGGACGCACAAGUUCUCGAACAACUUUCAAAUCUCUCGAAGCAGCGUAUUUUCCCGAUUUAACAAUCUAAAUCCUGUGUGUCGAGGGGAAAAAAAACGUCAUAACGAAAUAACAUUUCGUGUCGGUGUAUCUGUACGGUAAAAGUGAUGAUUAACCGAAAGGUAGACGUUAUUUCUCCCUUACGCUAAACGCUCGUCCCGUACACGUUUAUGUUUUUCUAUUUGAGGAUUUUCAGCGAUCUUUAUCGUUCGCUUUAUGCAGCCGUCGACGUACAAACCGCGCCAGGAUUCACGGAAACGGACGCGAGAUCCGGGGAACGCCGCGGUCUCUGAAGACCGCCGCGGAUUCGGGCCGAGACGCGUCACGUGACGCCAUCGCAACCUUCAAGUUGCGUCGCAAAUUUCAAGAAAAAAAACAAUUAGAUUUGGGGUUGGGAGAAAUUGUGUUACUUUCUAUUUAGCAGCAAUUCCUUUUUUUUUUUUUU